AUGGAAGUGUCGCCAGAGAGGUAUGCUCCACACCUCUCUGAGUUUUAUUCAAUGAUGAAUGGAAAAUCUAAUAACAAUUCAAACGAUAGCACUAAAGACAAAACCAAUACUGGCUCUCUUUCUCCAUCGCCAGCGUCGCCCGAAACUGGAAACAUGAGAAGACCGUCCUCCAUCAGGUCUGGUCUAAGUACCUGUAGUAUUACUGAUCUUCGAGCAUUGGUUAGUAAGGAAGAUAUUAAGAAAACUGAGAGCGGUGUAAAAAGUUUAGCGGAUAAAAUUUCAAAGUAUUCUCAGAAGUUGAACGAGUUAGCUCAGUUCUCAACAGAUAUAGCGUUUGAAUUGGAAGAUAUGGCACGCUUAAAAGGGUGCAGUGACCUUACAGCAGACAAAUUUGUCAAUGCUAGUGGUUUGUUCCAUCUUGUGUCAAACCAUGAUAGAAUCAUCUCCAAUUGUUGCGAGGAAGUGGUGACGAAAGGUUUGAAUGCGAAAGUUGAAGUGUUAGAGACCGAUUUCAAGAAGGAAGAAGUAGAAUUCAAGAAACUGUUCAAGGAACAAAGUAUUAAAUUGAAGUUGCAAGAAAGGUAUAAUAUGAAUUUAGCGAAAAGGAAAAUACGUAAUUUGAUUUCGUAUCGUGAUAACUUGUCCCUAUUACAACAGCAGUUGGAUCAAUUGGAAAUGCUUAAACACGAUUAUUAUCAAAAGUCAUACGAAAUGGUAGAAUCAACUUGUCAGGCAGUUCUCAGAGAUAUAGCUACAUUGGCAAGAGCACAGAUUGAGAUAAGUGAAAAUAUUGCAAGAAAAGGUUGGUCCGGUGGAGGAUUAGAUAACUUGAUAAUAGACGCUGAUGAUCCUUUCAAUACCGGUAAUGAAGAAGAAAACGAUGACAACGAACUUUCCCAACUAUCUGGCGCAUCUUCGCCAGGUUAUUCACGGUCGAGUACUCUCACUCCUAAGAAAAAUAGUUCACACUCAUCUGAUGCGUCUCUACUAAACGGAUCUAGGCGAUUGCAAUCACCAGCGAAAGUGAUGGUAACGACAGAUGAAAAUAAAGAUAAAGAUGAUAACUCCGCUCAUGAACAUAACAACAGCAACUCCCCUAGUUUCCACUCCGAAAAUCAGACAGAAUCUGGGACUGAUAACUCUGAAGAUGCAGAAAAUGACGACGGGGAUGAUAAUUUCGAUAACUCAUUUUCUUUACCAUUAACUAGUGCUUCGAAUAACAAAGAAGUAAAUAACUCGGAUUCUAAGGAUAUUGUACUAGGGACUGAUGAUGUUAUGAAAUCUACCAGUGAACUGAAUAUUGACGAUCAAUCAAGUAUUAUUUCUCCCAGUUUGUGA